UGAAUAUCACAAUAAAACAAUCAGUCAUUCUUAAAUUAAUGUGGCAUUUAAAGUGAGAGGCAACAAUUCAUUCGAACACUAUCAACAUUCGAUGGUGUAAACAAUGGCAGCUGCGAGCAGUGAUGUGAAUGAAGUGUUUUCCAGACUGUUUGAUCAUCGGCCAUUUUUGCGAGGAGAAAUUGAGUUUUUUAAAAAAGAAUUUGAGGAGAAACGUGGAGACAGAGAAGUGGAACAACUCUUCCGCUCACUGGAACUCAUAACAGAAAUUAAAGAGGGUCAGAUAGAAAAGAUUGUCAACUCUUCGGAUGAUAACCUUCCUCGCACAAUAGCAGAUGUCCAGGUGGCUCUACACAUGUGUGAAGAUACUGUGGACACAGAAAAGAAAUUCAAUUCUGAGGAGCUGCUAGCCAAAAAGAGAGCUGAGCGUAGUGCCAGACUCACUGCGGUGCAACAGGAUGUUCAGGAAAAACUGAAUCUCUUGCAAGAUAGUUACCAAGAGAAGGAACAGUCAAUGAGGGCACAGUUUCAACAGCUUGAGAAGAGUGCUGGAUAUAUUUAA